UGGCUUAUCUGGGCAGAUUUAGAAAACCAAAUAUUGUUUUCAAAAUUCUGGUGCUGUUCAAGGGCUCCAUAAGAUAUUUUAAUCGAAAAUAAACGCAUUUAAAAAAGGUUGAUUCCAUCUCUUGAGGACUUAACUUGUAGGUCAAUGCCCUCUCUCUGCUUGGCCUCUUUCCAGUAGUGCAGGUGUGAGCUGGCAGUGAGCAGGGACACGGAGCAGGGCUGAUUACCUCUGCAGUCCUUGGUAGCUUGGUACUGCCUGGGUUAAUGACACUGGCUGUGAGAUAAGGCCCAACCUUCUUGAUAUCCAGGCGUUACUCCAUCGGCUCUACUUCAUUGAGAAAAGCUUAUCAGUUUCCCAGGGUUAUUCCAUCAGUCACCUGGCAGAGCACAUGGUUGUUUUUCACAGAGAGUAUUGACAAGUCAAGGUCCACUUUGCAGGCUGGGCUGGCCGUAUAAAUACAGGAGCGGUGGAGGAAGCAGCAGCAGAUGCUCAUAAGGAGCCCUCUUACACUUCACCAAAUAGAUCUCUACAAGCUAUAAAAUGGAUAAGGAAUGUUAUUGUUCAGCCAGCAGCGACAGGCUUUCCAACCCCAUCCUCUUCAACAUCCUGAGCCAAAUGGAUAACAGCAAAACAAGCCAAAACAGCUUUAACUACACUUCAAUACCUAAUAGAUGCAACUGUGAGCAGCGACGGACAGUGUGCUUAAAAAGGCCGUCUGACAUCUGCAAAGAAGCCUCAGCCGUUCUGGUUAAAACAAUCCAUUUCAUGAAGAAAUUACCUGCUUUUAACCAGAUGUCUCCCAGUGACCAGUUUGCGCUUCUCAAAAGCUGCUGGGCACCACUCUUCAUCUUGGGUCUGGCCCAGGAGCAUGUGGACUUUGAAGUGAUGGACACCCCUGCAGACAGCAUGCUGAAAAAGAUCCUCUUGAACAGACAGGAGAGCCCUGACAUGGACAAGGAGCAGCCCACCAUGGCUGGAGUCAGUAAGCUUAAAUCCUGCCUCAAAAAGUUCUGGAGUUUGGAUUUGAGUCCAAAGGAGUAUGCAUACCUCAAAGGGACAACAAUAUUUAAUCCAGAUGUCCCAGAUUUAAAGGCAGCUCUGUUUGUUGAAGGCCUGCAGCAGGAGGCCCAGCAUGCCCUCAGCGAGGUGGUCCGACUCCUUCACCCAGGGGGCAGAGACCGCUUUGCUCGGAUCCUCCUCGCAGCCUCAGUGCUACAGAGUAUCACGCCAGGCCUCAUCUCUGAACUCUUCUUCAGGCCUGUGAUUGGCCAGGCUGACCUGCUGGAGCUGCUGGUCGAAAUGCUCUUCUGCAAGUAGAAGAGGCCUGAAAGAUCUGAAUCCUGUUCUUCAAUAGAGGUGAUCCAGAACUUUGAACUGAAUGGAGAGUGAGAAGGGGUGGACUGCUCAGAGAAGCACUUACAGCACAGUAGCUUACAAAAACUGUGUGAAUGGGCGAAGAUGAGACCAUGAACUACUGAGAUCACAGCAAAGCAAGCAGAGGUCACUAUAUCCCAGACUGAGACGAUUGUAUUCCUUUAAUGGAACAUUUUGCCUUUUCACUGACUGUUAAUAUGUUUAUCUCAUGUUUGGGAUCCUUUAUGUUGUAAAUAAGUAUAUGCAAAUCUGCAUUUACAAAACAUUUCUAAUAAAUAUAUUUUUGUACAUGAACUUAAAA